CUUUAAUAAAAAAUAACAUUUAAAAAUUAAUAGUUACAAAUAGGCAAUAUUAAAAUGAGUAAUUAACUUUAAAAACUUUAACUAAUAAUAAUAACAUUGUAUCUUUAGUUGGAAAUUGAAGACUUUAAAUUCCGCGCCAAUUUUGUGACCCAAAAACUGUAAGGUUAGUUUUUUUUACGACACAACAAAUUUGUAAUUUUUUACGAUUAUUUUUUUGAGUAAAAGGCAUUUAUACAACUGAAUUUCGCGAUGUUUGUGGAAAUUUUGCGGCUAGGAGAAGAAGAAGUUUUAAAUAGAUUUUCUUUAGGAGCACAUAUUUUAGGGCGCGGCCCUGUUUUACAGUGUAACGACAAGCGAGUAUCACGAAAUCACGCUACUUUGGAAGUUACACAAGAUCACGUUAGACUAACUUCUAUCCAUGUUAAUCCUUGUUUUCUCAAAGCAGCAGAAAGCAAAACUUUAACAAUUCUAUCAAAAGAUUCAAGCACCCAACUGAAUAAUGGCGAUAGUUUUGCAUUUCUUCCUGAAGAUUAUUGGUUUAAAAUUCAAAUUGUGCAUGAAGAUUUAAAUGAUAGCACUCAUAAUGAUGCAAAUAAAAGUGAUGCGGUGGUGAAGAGACCACAUGAAACUUGUGAAGAAGAAGUACCACCAGAUAAAAAGAUUAAAAUUGAAGAAAAUGCAGUUAAUGAAGAAGUACAAAUGGAAAUAACGAAUGAAAUAGACGUAACUGAUUCAGAAGUGAAAGUAAAACCCUCUGCUUCGAAUAAAACUGAAGAAAAUGAAGUUAAUGAAGUACAAAUGGAAAUAACGAAUGAAAUAGAUGUAACUGAUUCAGAAGUGAAAGUAGAACCCUCUGCUUCGACCUCAAUCCAAGAUGAAGAAAUUUCAAGUAACGUGCCCGAAGAUGAAGAAAAGGAACAAACGUCCAAGGAAAUUAAAAAAGAAGAUCCAGAGGGUGAAAAUCCCAGCACUUCAAGCCCCAGACUACGACGUGAGCGUUGCUGGUAUGGAGCUCAAUGUUACAGAAAAAACCCAGCUCACAGAGAAGAAUUCACCCAUCCAGGCGACUCCGACUUUGAGAGUGACCCAGAAGACAACAGACCAACAUGCAGUUACGGCGCUUCAUGUUACAGAAAAAAUAAAGACCACAGAAGAAAUUACAAACAUCCAUCACGACAACCCCCUGGGAAAAAAAAAAGGUCCAGAAAGAAAGUUCAGCGUUUAAAUGUGGCCGAUAGUCAAGAAAUGCGCGAGUUGGAUUCCGAUUCUGAGGAAGAUCCUUUUGUUGUUAGUGAUGAUAGCGAAGAAUAUGAAGGAGAGUCAGAUGAUGAUGAAACAGAUUGGGAAGACUCACAAAAUGCGGAUGAGGAUAGCGAAAAUGUUAAAAGAUUGGUCAAGGAAGCGAAAAAAUUUGUAAAUAAAUAGUUUUGAUAAUAAAUUAUUGAUAUUGCAACAUUA